AUGGCGAAUUUUCGGAGAGAUCAACGUGACAAUUACCGUCGAUACGCCGCAGGAGCUAACGACGAUUAUCACCAUGAUCCUCGGGAUGAAGAGAUCGAUCGUUUGCAGCAGCGGGCAAGAGAGCUAGAGUUACGCUACGAACCAAGAGACGAAGAACGAACGGAAUCCGAUUUUGAGGAAGGGGACGAGAACCGUCGGAACCCGUUCGGGGAAUGGCGUACUCGUAACCACACACCACCGCCGACAGAUCAUCUACGGUCCUUAGGCGUGAGGGUCGAAAUUCCCGAGUUCGAAGGGCAGGUCCAACCCGAUGAUUUGAUUGAAUGGAUCCACACGGUGGAACGGGUAUUCGAUUUAAGAGACAUUCCAGAUCAUUUGAAGGUCAAGCUCGUGGCAAUCAAGCUACGAAAACACGCGUCGUUGUGGUGGGAGCACGUCCGAAAGAAACGAAUUCAAGAAGGGAAAAGGAAGGUAGAUACAUGGGAGAAAAUGAAGAAACUCCUCAAAGCAAAGUUUCUUCCAGCCAACCAUCGCCAAGAUUCGUAUCUAGACUACCACAAUUGUAAACAGGGGACACUAUCGGUGGAAGAGUUCAUCAUGGAGUUCGAAAAACUCCGAAUGCGUUGCGGGAUUGACGAGGAGGAAGAACAGGUUAUCGCCCGUUUUCUUGGAGGCCUCCGGGCCGACAUAUCUGAUAUUGUUCAAUUACAACCCUAUUGGUCAUUUGAUGACGUUUUCAGGUUAGCACAUCGAGUGGAAAAGCAACAAAAUAGCAGAGCAAAACCCACCCCGACGAAGCCGAUCACCACCAACCGAACCUCAAACCUUACCCCCACCGCGAACCGUCCGGACCCAAUCAAAGCCGACGGUCCGCCACCAACAGCCCCAACCCCACCCCCACCCACUGUUCCGUCCGUCAUGCGGUGUUACAAAUGUCAAGGUAUCGGUCACCUUCGUCGGGAUUGUCCUAACCGACAAAUCGUGGCUCUAACAGACGAAACUGUACCCGUUUAUGACACCGACAAUGAGACCACCGAAGAACCCACUGAGACGUUGUAUCCUGACCGCGGGGAAGCCCUUAUCAUUCAGCGGGCUCUUAGCGCGACCGUAGCCAAACCUGAAGAUGACAACGCAUGGCUACGUAACAACAUAUUUCGCCCAAAGUGUACGUCGAAAGGGAAGGUUUGCACGAUGAUUAUUGAUUGGGGAAGUUGCGAGAAUAUGGUGGCAACAUCCAUGGUUGAUAAACUGGGCUUAGAGAAACAAGAUCACCCCGAGCCUUACCAACUUACAUGGCUAAAAAAAGGAAACAUUGUGAAAGUCGCACACCGUUGUCUGGUUCCAUUCUCAAUUGGCAAUAAAUAUGUAGAUGAAGUAUGGUGCGAAGUUAUUCCGAUGGAUGCUUGCCACAUACUCUUGGGCCGACCGUGGCAAUACAAUCGGAGGACAAGGCACGACGGGUUCCGGAAUACGUACACGUUUAAGAAAGACGACAUCAACAUCACACUCGCCCCCUUGGAUCCCCGAGACUCACAGACUGCGGCCAUGAUAGUCUCCCGUACCGAGUUCCUCGACUAUUCACGCCUUACGGGUACUACUCUAAUCUUAGGCCUCCUCAUUGCAGAAGAGAACCCUACUACCAACGCCCCCCCUGUCGAGGUCCAACCCUUACUUUCGGAAUUCGGUGACAUCUUCCCUGAUGAUAUACCCAAGGGAUUACCUUUAAUGCGUGAGAUCCAGCAUUGUAUAGACUUUCUUCCCGGGGCAAGCAUUCCUAACAAGCCCACAUACCGUAUGAACCCGAAAGAAUUCGAAGAGCUACAACACCAAGUCCUUGAACUUCUCGACAAAGGUCUCAUCCGAGAGAGCAUGAGCCCCUGUGCCGUCCCGGCUCUCCUAGUCCCAAAACCGAAUGGCGCCUACCGCAUGUGUAUCGACAGCCGAGCUGUUAACAAAAUCACAGUAAAGUACCGAUUUCCAAUACCUCGCUUUGAGGAUUUAUUAGAUCAGUUGUGUGGGGCCACUGUUUUCUCCAAGAUUGACUUACGGAGUGGCUAUCAUCAAAUACGAAUGCGGCCCGGUGAUGAGUGGAAAACCGCGUUCAAGACAAGGGAUGGGUUGUACGAGUGGAUGGUCAUGCCUUUCGGCCUAUCCAAUGCGCCAAGCACGUUCAUGCGUCUCAUGAAUCAUGUUUUUAAACCUUUCAUCGGCAAGUGUGUCGUCGUUUAUUUCGAUGACAUAUUGAUUUUUAGCAAAAACAUUCCGCAACAUCUACACCACCUUAAAGCCGUCUUCGAAGUCUUACGAGAACAAAAGUUGUUUGCCAAUCGUUCGAAGUGUCACUUUCUUACUCCAGAAGUUGUUUUUCUUGGGUAUCUUGUUUCAGGUCACGGGAUUCGCAUGGAUAGCACUAAGGUUUCUGCCAUUACUUCUUGGCCUACGCCAACCUCGCUUCACAACAUCCGCAGUUUUCAUGGGUUGGCAUCUUUUUAUCGGCGUUUUAUUCGGAACUUUAGCUCCAUCAUUGGCCCUAUAACUGAUUGCUUAAAGGCGUCAAAGUUUCAAUGGACCCCCGCGGCCCAAGUCGCUUUCGACACACUUAAGCGGACCGUCACGGAGGCCCCCGUUUUAGCCCUCCCCAACUUCGAUGUCAUUUUUCAAGUGCAGUGCGACGCUUCAGGGGUUGGCAUCGGUGGUGUUCUGUCACAACAAAACCGACCGGUCGCGUAUUUUAGUGAAAAGCUCAACGAGUGCCGUCGAAAGUAUAGCACGUAUGAUAAAGAAUUCUAUGCCAUUGUCCGAAGCCUUGAGCAUUGGUGCCAUUAUAUCUUACCGAACGACUUCGUGCUCUAUUCAGAUCAUCAGGCCUUACGCUACAUUCAGGGCCAAACCAAGCUCAACCCUAGGCACGCUAAAUGGGUAGAGUUACUUCAAGAUUAUUCCUUUGUCAUCAAGCAUAAGGCUGGGCAUGCAAACUCCAUGGCCGAUGCUCUUAGCCGACGCCCGUGCCUUGCAAUUGUCCUCAAAACGAAUGUCACUGGGUUAGAUUCUCUCCGCCAUCUUUAUCAAGAUGAUCCUGAUUUCAAAGAAACAUGGGCGUUUUGUCAAACCGGGACCUUCAACGACUUUCAAGCACGUGACGGGUUUUUAUAUAAAGGUACGAAACUAUGCGUUCCACAAUCCUCCUACCAUGACGCAAUCAUUCUCGAAUGCCACCAGGGAGCGCUCGCGGGGCAUUUUGGGCGUGACAAAACCGUGACUCUAGUUCGUGAGAAUUUUUUUUUUGGCCAAAACUUGAUAAAGAUGUUAUGCGCCUUAUCCGUCGCUGUCGUACGUGUCAUAUGGCGAAAACACAUGGUACCAAUCAGGGGCUUUAUACACCCCUGCCAACUCCUUCAGCUCCUUGGGAGGAUGUGA